AUGCGCAAGGAAUUGUUUUCAAUGUCCAAUAUGCCAAAAUACACUUUCAUAAGUCCAUCUGCUACACCAGCACUAAUUAGCGGUGCACCAUACUAUCUUUCAUGUGGGGUUUGUCGAUGGGACUCACAAGAAAUUGGAAUGACUUUUGAGAAAGCAACCGGAUUAGCAUUACAACUUCAAAAAACUGAAGACGAGAGACCCGAUGUUAAAGAAUUCGAUCAUCUUAAAGAACAUUUUGAAAAACAUUUACGACACACUACUCCAGCCACAACAUUACCUACUUCAUUAAUGACAAUCACAGGAAUAGGUGGUGGCAGCAGUUUUAGUAGUAGAUAUGGUAGUGGAACUGUUGCUGGUAAUGCCCAACAAAAAUCAGAUGAUCUUCCUUUAUAUGAAGCUGUUGUUAAAGUUGAAAAUGAGAACUCAUUAGUUGAUGAUUUGGUUCAAUUGAAAGAUGUCAAUCAAAUUACAACAUUGAUGCAAAGAAUGAAUCAACUGAGUGAUCAACCGUACAAAGUAGAACGCCUUCAACCACAGCGUAUACAUCUUCGUACAAAACGUAUUAAAAGAUGUAGACAAUGUCGGCAUAUAUUAAUAAAACCUGAACAGAAAGCUCAAGCAACUAGAUUUAAAAUUAAACUUGUUGCAUUAGCUUAUAUUCCAAAAAUCACCAUUAUGAGUCUACCAAAACUCAUACUAAAUCAAACCACUCAGAUUGUUUUAAAAUUUUCAAACCCGUUAUAUGAAGAAAUUAUCUUGGAUCUGAAUGUACAAGAUGUUGAACUUGGAAAAAUUAAAGUUCUUGCGCCACAUUUUAGUAUUGCACCAUAUAAUGAAGUAUGGGAAUACGAUGAACAUGAUUUGAUCUCUUCAAAACCUCGUUCUCACACAUCUCCUAAAUCUGACAUUGGUAUUUAUGAAAGAAGAAGUAACUCUACAAGUAUCAUUUUGGAAAUCACGCCUGAAGUUGAAGUUGAAGAAUUUAAGUUUGCAUUAUUAGUUACUUAUGCUACCAAGAAUGUUGAUAAUAACAAUGAAUCAACAAUUGCAUCUACUGAUACCAAAUCCGACGACAAAGAUAAUACAACCAAGACAGAUCCUGAAUCAAAUGAAAGCAGUGAUAAAUCUGCAGUUGGAUCUAAAACUAAUGACACUGACACCCAAACCAAAGACAAUUCGACUAAAAGAGCAAAAAAAAUCUCUUUUUCUUCAACAUCACCUAAUAACAACGAUCAAGCUAUGAAAAAUUUGUCGUUUUGGACUGUUAUAGGAUUAGGUUCGGUGGUUAAGACUGGACCUUCAAAUAGGCAUACAAUCAGUAGUCCUGGUGGAACUAGUAAUAUUAGUUUGUCACGUAGUAUAAAUAUGAAAUCACGUCCACAAUCACAAGCAUAA